CUCCAUUAUUUGCACUCGAAAAUCGAAGAAAAGUGUGAAUUUUUCUGCAAACAAACCACAAAAAAGGCGAAAAAUGGCGGAAGCAAUUCGGUUCUUUGAGCUCAACACCGGGGCCAAGAUUCCGUCAGUCGGACUGGGCACGUGGCAGGCCGAGCCUGGCGUCGUCGCUGCCGCCGUCACCGCCGCCGUCAAGGUUGGAUAUCGGCAUAUUGAUUGUGCUCAAGCUUAUGGAAAUGAAAAGGAGAUUGGGUUUGCUCUGAAGAAGCUUUAUGCUGAUGGUGUAGUGAAGCGCGAGGACUUAUGGAUCACUUCAAAACUCUGGUGUAGCAAUCAUGCACCAGAAGAUGUGCGGAAGGCAAUAGAUAGUACCCUGCAAGACUUACAACUCGACUAUCUCGAUCUGUAUCUUAUCCACUGGCCGGUCAAGAUGAAGAAGGGUUCCGGUGGCUUUAAGCCUGAAAACCUUGACCAACCUGACAUACCCAGUACUUGGAAAGCACUGGAGGCAGCAUAUGACUCUGGAAAGGCCAGGGCUAUUGGAGUCAGCAAUUUUUCAACCAAAAAGCUUAGCGACCUGUUAGCUGUGGCGCGCAUCCCUCCCGCUGUUAAUCAAGUGGAAUGCCACCCUCAGUGGCAGCAGCCAAAGCUACAUGAAUUCUGUAAAUCCAAGGGAGUCCACUUAAGUGGGUAUUCACCAUUGGGAUCCCCAGGCACAAGUAGCAUUAAGGGUGAUGUCCUUAAGAAUCCAACUCUAUUAUCGGUGGCAGAGAAGCUGGGCAAGACUCCUCCGCAAGUGGCUAUCCGAUGGGGGCUACAAUCGGGUCACAGUGUACUGCCUAAGAGCACAAAGGAGGAAAGGAUCAAGGAAAACUUUGAUGUUUUUGAUUGGUCUAUACCUGAGGACUUGCUUGCAAACUUUGCUGAAGUAAAGCAGGAAAGGUUAGUGAAAGGUACUGGAUUUGUCAACAAGGAGCACGGUCCGUACAAGACCAUUGAGGAACUCUGGGACGGAGAAUUGUAAGCAUAGGCUGGAAGAGCGAAUGUUUGAAACAUUCAGCUUUUCUAUAUGCCUUUCUUUAGCCUGUUUUUUUCGUUGUAGCUUGAUUUUCAGUGGCUUCUUAGAGAAGGGUGAAUUCAGAAGCUCUGGUACUUUUGUUGAACAUUGUUAUAACUUGUAAGGUUCUUCAGAAUCAUUGAAACAUUAAACCUGUUCACUUCGUCUGUCAUGAAACAUUGAUGUCAAAUGUCAAUGAUCAUUUGGUUUAACGACA